GCCAGUCGCCUGGUGAGGUUCUGGUAGCCAGGUCAGCAACGCUCCAGAGAACAUCAACUGAGUAUCGCCUUGCCCUUCUACAAACUGAGAGCAUUAAUCAGUUCCCACCUCCACCUCCCAGAGCUGUCAUGGAGUUGAUUUGGUUCGCCCUGGUUCUCCUCGUCCUUCACUGGCUGUACCAGAACACGAGAAAGCCGGUCAACUACCCGCCAGGACCAUUGCGUCUUCCCUUGAUCGGAACGAUGUGGAAGUCACACCGAGGCGGAGGACCGCCGUUUAUUCGUCACUGCGCUAUGGCUCGUCAAUACGGAAAGCUGGUCGGUUACUUCACGUUCCACCAGCCGGCGGUGAUGAUCUUUGACGCAGAUCUCGCACGAGAGAUCCUCUCCAAAAACGAGAGCACCGGACGGCCCCACCUGGAGAUUCUCAAAAUGAGAACAUUCGGCGAGCUCAGAGGCAUUCUGUUCAACGACGGCGCCUCGUGGCAGCGGCAGCGGCGGUUCGCGCUGCACCACCUCCGUGACCUGGGCAUGGGCCGCUCCACGCUGGAGGGGAUCGUUCAGCGAGAGGUGACCGACCUGGUACAGAGGCUGAGGGACACCGCCGGCAGACCGGUGGCCGUCGAUCACUUCUUCAACGUGAACGUGCUCAACGUGCCCUGGGAGAUUGUGGCCGGAAUCAGGUUUCAGCCGGACGACCCGCGUCUGCCCGUCAUCCUGCGCUCGCUCAGUGACGCCAGCUCGCGCAGUACGGGCCUGCUGAACCUCAUACCGGUGCUGCUGGGCCCGCAGCUCGGGGCACCGAUCGCCCACAAACUGUACAGCGGCGUCCGGCGCAACCGAGACGGACUGGUAGAGAUUCUAAAGAAGGAGAUACAAGGCCACAGAGCGACGCUGGACCCCGAGUCUCCGAGGGACUUCAUUGACGCAUUUCUUAUUGAGAUGGCUAAGUCGCCACAGGAAUUCACAGAGCUGACGCUCUACUCUGUUCUGAUGGACCUGUUCACGGCCAGCACGGGCACCAACAGCGUCACCCUGGAGUGGGCCGUGCUGCUGCUGCUGCUGCACCCCGAGUGCGGCCGGCGCGCGCGCCAAGAACUGAACUCAGUGGUGGGCCCCGGCCGGCUGGUGACCCUCGAGGACAGGGCCCGCCUGCCGUAUACACAGGCACUGCUGGCUGAGGUGCUACGCAGGAGCUCGACACUGGCCCUGGCCGUGCCGCAUCGGGCAGAAGCCGAUAUCACGGUGGCAGGUUACCGGAUACCCAAGGACAGUCGUCUCCUGGUGAACCUGUACGCUAUCCACCACGACCCGGAGUACUGGGCCGACCCGCUCGAGUUCCGGCCGGAGCGGUUCCUACACGACGGCCAGUACCGGCCCGACAAGCACCUGAUGCCGUUCGGAGUCGGUAAGCGUGUGUGUAUGGGCGAAUCGCUGGCCCGCAUGGAGCAGCUUCUGUUCCUCGCCAACAUCGUACACCACUUCGAAGUGCUAACGCCCGCGGGGGAGGAGGCGCCGCGGUUCGACUACGUCUGCGGCACCCGCAACUCCCCAGCCCCCUUCAGGGUGGUGUUCAGAUCCACAAACCCACAGGCUGUGAACGAGAGUGGGUGAAUGC